AUGACAGAGGCGACAACAGCGGUGGAUGCGGAGGUGUUGGCGACUGAUGGAUUGGCCGGUGAUGCGGCGGGGACGCCAGGAGAGAGCGACGGGGCUACCGGAAAGAAGAAGAGGCGGGGAAAGAAGCGGCGAUCGAAGAAAGGUGAGAAGGCCGGCGAUGCUGCUGCGACGCCCGGGGAGGGCGGUGUCGGUAGCGAGAUGACAGAGGCGACAACAGCGGUGGAUGCGGAGGUGUUGGCGACUGAUGGAUUGGCCGGUGAUGCGGCGGGGACGCCAGGAGAGAGCGACGGGGCCACCGGAAAGAAGAAGAGGCGGGGAAAGAAGCGGCGAUCGAAGAAAGGUGAGAAGGCCGGCGAUGCUGCUGCAACGCCCGGGGAGGGCGGUGUCGGUAGCGAGAUGACAGAGGCGACAACAGCGGUAGAUGUGGACCUGUUGGCGACUGGUGGAUUGCCCGGUGAUGUUUCGGUGACACGGGAGGUCGGUACCGAGGUGACAGAGGAUACAACCGCAGCUGAGAUAGACCAACUGGGGAGUGAUGGAUUGGCCGGUGAUGCGGCGGGGACGCCAGGAGAGAGUGACGGGGCUACCGGAAAGAAGAGGAAGAGGGGGGAGAAGAAGCACCGAUCGAGAAGGCGUGAGAAGCGGGGCCGUGCGGGUGCGACGCGAGGGGAGACUGCUGCCGACGCGGAGAAGACAAAGAAGACGACAUUGGCGGUGCUGGACCUGUUGGCGAGUGGAUUGACCAGCGAUGCCGCGGCGAUGCCGGGGGAUAGUGACGGGGCUACCGGAAAGAAGAGGAAGAGGGGGGAGAAGAAGCACCGAUCGAGAAGGCGUGAGAAGCGGGGCCGUGCGGGUGCGACGCGAGGGGAGACUGCUGCCGACGCGGAGAAGACAAAGAAGACGACAUUGGCGGUGCUGGACCUGUUGGCGAGUGGAUUGACCAGCGAUGCCGCGGCGAUGCCGGGGGAUAGUGACGGGGCUACCGGAAAGAAGAGGAAGAGGCGGGAGAAGAAGCACCGAUCGAGAAGGCGUGAACGGAGCAGUAAGGUCGCUACAUUGGCAGGUGAGGGUGAUGCCGUUGAGGGUGAAAUGCCUCAGGACGAAGGUGUCGUCGAGGUGGCGGCUAGCGGUGACGACACAUCUACUAGGUCAGUCGCGCAAGAAGGUCUCGACUCUGUCAAAAACGCAAAGAAGACACACAGAAAGCGGUCGCGGACGCACAAGCGGAAGACUGCAGACGACAAGACGGCAUCCGAGCAUGCGUCAGAGGCUGGCAAGUUUUUGCUGGCACCCGAGACCGGGCCGACCGUCAGUGAGGAAUCGCUCGCUCCCGGAGAGACGACGAGUCCAGAGAAUACAGAACAGGUGGCGUCUGACGUGCGUCAGGAGACAGACACUGGAGAAAGCGAGGCCGCAAUGAUGUUGGAGAAAGAGGACGAUGAUACCGCCACAGGGGGUAGCGAGGAGGACGAGGUCCUCAUGCCUCAGGACGAAGAGGCGCGCGAGCAGGAGGACGCAGGCGACAAUUUGGUGUCUGAGCACGGACUAGAGGCUGACGAAGCUGUUUCGGCUGGAGAGUCGCCUACGUCGGAGAGUACAGAACAAGUGACAUCUGCACUGCCUCCGGCAACUGACGACGAAACACAAGAGGCCUCGAAGAAAGCGAAGAGGAGGACCGCGAAGAAGAGCCGAUCCAAGAAACGUGAAAAGAGCAGCGAGGACAUGGAGGCAGAAGCGCGCUCAAUGUCGGGCCAACACGGAAAGAAGAAGGCAGACAGAAGGCGGUCGCAGAAGCCGGAGAGUUCAGGAUACUCCAGGUCUGUUGAGGAAUCACGGAGCACUGACGCGGACUCACAAAGCCGAGGGCGACAUGACCAAACACUGAGCAGUCUUAGAAGAAGAAGAAAGAACAUCGGAUCUGCUACGGAGGAGGCAUAUAUGGAUGGUGACGAAUCCAUUUCGGAGGCUUCGGCGACACAGAAGAAGCAUAUGACGACGGAGAGCAGACGGAGAAGGAAGGGGAGUCGCGAGGCAGGUGGGGGUUUCGAUGAAUGGGUCUUUCAAUCCGAUGACGAUGAGAGCAUUGACUACUCUGCGGAGCGAUCUCGAUCCACCAGGCGCCGGCGGGCGGACAGAGACGGGAGAGACAGGAAGGGAAGGGAGAGGCGCCAUAUGUCCUCGAGGAGUCGGCACUCAGAGGAGCUUUCAGAGAGUCCCAACAGUGAUUCAGAGACCCGAGCAGCGACAGAGGAUGGUGAAACGUCCAGGACAAGUCGGCGGUCACACCGGAGGCCAUUUACGAUGUCGAUGCUGGACGACGAAUACGAUGACGAGCUCCGUGAUGCAGAUGACCUUGACGAGUGGAGCAUCUCGUCUUAUCCAGGUGCGUUUGAAGAGAUCCGCCGACAUUCUGAGACCGGCCACAGAUACGGACACAACACCGGGGUGCCAGGCAGCCAGCGAAACAGAGAGGAACGAGAAAUAAGCAUUCUGGAUCCCUUCUACCCCCCCAGCCAGCAUGUGCCCCAGGCCGACUUUCUAACACAGGACUCUCCUUCGCAGCGGCCAAACGCGGCUCAAUUGACGGCUCUUAUUCAGGCAGGAGUUGCCGCUGUCCAGGCUGUCGACAAAGUCGCCGGCAAAGCCCACGGCGAGGCACCUCAAUCGCAGCUGGCGGGACCAGGAACCGCCGUUGGGAAGACACAGUCUGCCAGCCACGAGCAGAAGGACGCCGCGCGGGCGGCGGCGCGAACUCUGAAUCUGGAAGCUGUUGCGAAGUUGCUGCGAGGCCACCAUUCAGACGCCAGGGCUUCGACGCAAAGCGUCGGUGCCUUAUUGCACCGCAACUACUCGCGGCUUGGUCCCUCCGCGACUGAGAGUGCGAGAAAGCUCCACUGGGAGAAUCUCAUGACGGCGCUGACAGCGCCUCAUUUGCGACAGCCAGAACUGUAUCGUUCAUCCAGCAAGCAUCGAUCUGAGCGACGAGGCAUUGACGGUCUCGACGAUAUCGUCAGAAACCGAGAUUCGCUCACGUUUGCUCAGGACCGGUCCUACGAGUCAAAGGAAUUCCUCACACCUGACAGUCCCGUAUACGAAGACGGGUGGUCCCGACGGGCGAGUCGGUCUCGGAUGGAAAGUGAGGACUCGAUGUCUGUCGAUUGGCUUCACAAAAAACACGAAAGCCGCCUGUCACAACGCAGGCGACUGGAGAAGCAGCGGCACCGCAGCUCGAAGUCUCGUGGAGAAGACAGGGACGAAACAUUCGAUGACGCAGAUUCAGGAAAAGACGGACAGCGAAGGAGACCCGGGCACAUCGUCGCUUUUGAAGAUAGCUACCCCAAGGCCUCUCACUUGGGCGACGUGGAAUUGGUGGAUGACGAGGAGUUGUCGACAGACAUCGAACAGCUCCAUUCCAAGAUGAAAGAAGAGCUCACGCGUGACGGCGAACUUGAGGCCUCAUGGGGAAGCUCUGCAGACCUGGAAGGUGAGACCGCACAGAUUGCGCAAGGAGAAAACUGGGAUGAUGGAUGGGAGAAGGUCGAGGAGAGUGAAGCUGUGAUGGAGCCAGCGGAAGUACAACAAGAAUCCCUGCUCCAGCGAGAUGCGCCGGAGACGGACGACGGUUGGAUGCAGACUCCAGUGGAUCCAGGCGACUGGAAGCGUGCUAUCAUGGAAGUGCUCAAGAGCGGUCAUGUCAGCGGUGACGUCCCCCUCAAGCAGUGGCUGCCUGGAGACAGCUGGCAAGAGUUUUCAGGACUGAUGUCGAGCAUCUCCGACGUGGUCCGAGGCCAACAUACAGAGUCGACAAGCUCGGAGCGUUUCGGAGCCUUGCGGAUGGCCAAGAAGGAAGAGAAGCCCCUCGUGCAAAUGGAUGACUCGUGCUUCGAGAGGAAUGUGCGAUACAGUCCAGGAAGCGAGUUCAUUGUAGUGUGGCGAGGCGUACCUACAGCAUCGCACUGCCAAGCUCUCUGCAAGCUGACAGCUCCGGAGUGUCACUUCUUCUCUUUCGUCAAAAGUGCAGUGCUACCACUCGAGCACCAAGGAGCGUGCUAUUUGCUGCCGCGGAAGGCCCCCGUCGUUCGUGUCCCAUCACGAGGUGUGUUUGAAGUCACUUCUGGCCCUCGAUCGUGCUCACCACCCACUCCGGACUCUCCACCUUUGGACCUCGUUGCCGUGACAAGCAGAACAGGUUGCCCGAGCAGUCCGUCUGUCUGUGAUUCGCUGAACCUGCCUUUUCCACUCGGCAGCCGCUUCAGCCCGUUCUGUUCCACCUCAAAAGAAGGGCACUGUGCAAACCUCGCGAAUGGCAUUCCAUGUUGCACAACAUGCAAUGACCACCCUGGGAACCCGUGUCCAGAGAAGACAUGCUACGAGUACAACGUGGACUACACCGAUGGAACAGAACUGCGCUUUUUCGCUGCUGGUGUCGCGAGUCGCGGCGCGUGCGAGUCGCUUUGUCGACAGACAGAAGGCUGCACGCACUACUCGUACUACUCGACCCCUCAGCUUCCGCGGCACCUUCGCGGCUCUUGUUCGCUGCGGGCAUUCCGCUUCGCCCCGAGAAACCGCGUGACCGUCGAAGGUCUGGAGGCUGCGGGCGACGGCCACUCGGGAGCGACGCGGGCCUCUGUGGUUUUCGCGCCUUUGUUCUGCGAGUAUCCACAAACGACGACGACUACGACAACGACGACGACGCCGCCGCCAUCCAGCAAAUUGUCUUGCAACAGGCCAAACACCGACUUCUGGGGCCACGAUCUCGCCUCCUUCAAGGGCUGUGUCUCCGCCGAUGCAUGCCAGCGGAUAUGUCAGUCCGUCGACGGCUGCGUAGGAUUCACCUAUGUCAAGCUGAUGCAGAAGUGCUACCUGAAAUGGAGUGCGACGGUGGAGAGACAUGUGGAGGGCCACGAGAGCGGUCCCCGGUGCUGCGCGGUGGCGGGAUCCGACGCCUCAUCCGACGGAGACGGGGCAGGUUUCGUUUGUCCAGCCCAGCGAAAGAAACCCUGCGUGUUUGCAGGUCAGGACUACCCCGGGCACGACAUCACCAUCAAACUGGAUACCGUGUCGGCGUACAAGUGCUUCCAGCUGUGCAAAGCAGAGCGGCGCUGUGAAGUCUGGACUCAUCGUCCGGAAAAGAAGAUGUGUUUCCUCAAAUGGGCGGAGAUUCCCUUCUACCAGACGGUGAGCGAGAAAAGGCUUCUUCUGCAGGAAGAAUUCGUUGUCGCGCCGGGCGCGAUUACCGGCUUUGCAGACUGCGAACCGUUUUACGGGCCUGACGCCGACAAAUUCACCGUGCCUGAGGCCCAGGCAAAAGCAGAGGCCAUGCGGAUUCUCUCUCAAAACCUCCGAUACGGAAGGGACGAGGGCUCGACCACAGGGGCGUACGAAGAAACAACGAACAACGGAAGGAAGGAAUACGCCAGACCGCUGUCGCGUAGCCGCCGUAGGGGCAUGAGCGAGGACGAAUCCACCUCGCGGCGUUCCCGCUCCGCAGAGUUCAGUGAAGACGAGGAGUCGGUGACCAGGCGACGACGGCUCAAGCGAAGGACCCGCCCAGUUCAUCAGGACUCUGAAGAAGAAACGCAUUCGAUGACAGCACACCGGACGAAACGCAAGCACCGUUCAAAGCGGAAACACUCCACAAUGGAUGAGGAAGAAGAUUUCCAGACGAAGAGGAAACGCGCACAUCGUCAGGGGCGAUCCUAGAUACGGGGCGACUUCUGACGACAGGAGAUCGCACUUGAGAACGCGAGGAAAGAGCAGCGGUUUUCUGAUCUCGGCCACAGUGGUUGCGGACAAUCUUGCACAGCACAGCGGUAGCUCACCGCGAAUAAAACGCCACUGUUUGGAUGCACUCACGAAAAAACAGGGGAGUCCCGAACGAGCGAGAACGGCUACCGCGACUGCUACGCACUGUGGACGAAGGCAUGGUUGAUCCAGGUGGUGUGGACAAGCUGUACAAACAGGUUGGUACUUUUGUGGCCAUUUUCCAGUAACAGAGAAACAUAGAGGAUCGUGGCCCAGCACCUGCAGAAGUCCGGAACAAGGAGUCUUCGACACGAUCACGUAUCAACGUUUGUGUCUUCUCACAUAGUCAUUUCGAUGGUAUUAUUUCUGCAAUCAAAGUCGCUUCAACUGCGCUGUAGCCGCCGUGAUGGGCCCAUAGUGGGUGAUCCUGCGGAACGGAAAUGUUCCUCGAUCUGCUUCUGGGAACAUCCUGAUUGCUUUUUGUGUGUCACGACUACGUUCCUGAGUACUAGAUUUGUUUCACUUCUUGCGGGGGUGUAGUUUUGGUCUCUAUAUUGUUGUAUUUCUGCACUCGCCAUACGGCGGGGAGCUCACGUACAAUUGUGGUUCAUCUUUUUUCAGUUAAGUUUGGUGCCACUGUUUUUCGUUUGGCAAAGCAGUGCCGAGUUCGCGGUGAUAACUUCUGUUUUUUGUCAGGGGUCGCACUAGCAUUCGUCUAUCUGUGUUGCGAGACACUGGCAUGCCACCGUGGCUUUUGGCGACACACUGGCAUUUAAUGUUGUAUAUCUGUGGAACACCGGUCAAAUUCAGCAGCUGUUAUGUUCAACUUUGCUGUGUUACACACAUUCCUUGGUACGGACUACGGGCUGGUGCCUCUAG